UUAUCUACUAGUAGUAGUUACUGGUAAGCUACCAGUAGAUUACCGGUAGCAUAUAAUCCUACCAGUUGUGGUUAUCUGGGAAUUAUUAAAAAAAUGAUACAGUGUAUGAUACUGCUGUAUGAUACACCGGUAUCAUACCUACCUAACACUGCGUGGAGACACCGCUUAAUAAAACUUACGUGACAAAUGACAAUUGACAAACCUCAUUAUAUCGCAUAGUAACAAAAUAUUUUAUGUUAUAUUAUAUUAUAUAUUGAAAUAUAUUAAUAUAAAUCGCAGCCCAAAAUACAAAUAAGAUAAACAGUGAGUUGUCACGCAAUCAACGCCAGCUAUUGUGUCGGUUUCAGUUGAGUCAGUGAUUUUCUAAAUCACUGGAGAUUUCGACCAAUUUCGACGUCUGGAGAAAAUCAAAGUGAUAAAUGAAUAAAUAAAUAAAGAAUAAUGUUUUCGAAUUUGUUUGUCCUGGUUAUCGCUAUUUUGAUAAUUUCAACAGCAACUGGUCACAGUCUUUCAUCAACAUCCACCAUUGACAAUGAGGAUUUCAUAACAGCUCAAUAUACAAAUUAUGAAGAACUUGGAAAACUUUUUCAUCAUCUUGAGAAGCAAUAUCCGAAUCUUGCCAAAGUACAUUCUAUUGGUCAAUCUGUCCUAAAUCGUGAGCUCUGGGUAUUGGAAAUUUCAGAAAAUGUCAAUGAACGAGAUAUUGGCGAACCCAUGGUCAAAUAUGUAGCUAACAUGCAUGGUGACGAAUCAGUUGGUCGUCAGCUGAUGGUUUAUCUGGCCCAAUAUCUCCUCGCCAACUAUGCUAAUAAUCAAAGAGUUGCUCAUCUCGUUAACACUACAGACAUCUUUAUAAUGCCAUCAUUAAAUCCAGACGGUUUUGAAAAUUCAAUUGAAGGGUACUGUGAAUCGAAAAAUGACUAUUCUGGUCGCGAGAAUGCCAACCAUGUUGAUUUGAACCGUAAUUUUCCUGACAAAUUUGUUUACACAACGAAAUUUACAAAAAAAGAAAAAGAAACAUUGGCUAUGAUGGCAUGGAUACAAAGUCGACCCUUUGUACUCUCUGCAAACUUUCAUGGUGGAGCUGUCGUUGCAAGCUACCCAUUCGACUCGGGUAUAGCUAAUGAGUGUUGUACAGAAAGUAGAUCCCCAGAUGAUGACAUAUUUAAAUACCUUGCCCAUGUCUAUGCUGAUAAUCAUGAUGAGAUGCGUAGAGGAAACUCAUGUCGUCCUGACAGCUUUUCUGGUGGAGUCACUAAUGGAGCAUAUUGGUACAAAGUUGUUGGUGGUAUGCAAGAUUACAAUUAUGUAACGUCAAAUACUUUUGAAAUAACAUUCGAAUUGAGCUGCUGUAAGUAUCCAAAAGCUUCUGAAAUGCCUAAUCAAUGGAAAUCAAACAAGGAAUCUUUGAUUCAAUAUUUGGAACACGUACACAUGGGUAUUAAAGGAUUGGUUUUCGAUGAUAAACACAGGCCAAUUUAUGGUGCCAAAAUAGUAGUAAGCCCUAUCAAACAAAGUAUUACAACCACGGCACGGGGUGAAUAUUGGAGACUCUUAGCGCCUGGAAAAUAUAUUGCUUAUGCCGAAGCUUGGGGAUACGAACCAAGUGAAACAGUUAAUAUUCAAGUGGAAGAAGAGAGUAAACUACAUGUUGUCAACUUUCAUUUAAAAGCGAAACUAUUGUCUCCCGUUGGUGAUCAAACAGCUAAAAUUUUCAAAAAAAUUGAAAAUAUCAAAAGGCCUCGUGAUGAAUAUGGUUUUUACCACCCAGCUAAAUUCAUCCAUCACAAUUAUUUGAAAAUGGAAAAAAUGUUAAAAAUAAUGGAGAAAAAUUACCCAAACAUAACCCGUCUAUAUAGUAUUGGAAAGUCCGUUCAAGGUCGUGAAUUAUAUGUUAUGGAAAUAACGAAAAAUCCUGGUAAGCAUGAUACAAACAAACCAGAAGUCAAGUAUAUUGGUAAUAUGCAUGGCAAUGAAGUAAUAGGACGGGAAUGUAUUUUAUUAUUAUUGAAAUAUUUGUGUGAAAAUUAUGGAAGUGAUGAGAGAACAACAAAAAUUGUCGACUCAAUUAGACUUCAUGUGAUGCCUAGUAUGAAUCCAGAUGGCUAUGAAAUAUCAAAUGAACAUAACGAGAUGAAGGGACGUGAAAACGCUCACCAUGUUGAUUUGAACAGAAAUUUUCCUGAUCAAUAUGGACAAACAAGGGAAAACAAGAUUGCCGAGCCAGAAACAAAAGCAGUCAUUGAUUGGAUAGCUAAGAUACCAUUUGUACUGUCCGCUAAUCUUCAUGGUGGAGCUUUGGUUGCAAAUUAUCCAUACGACAAUAACCCAAACGUUUCUUUUGACAAAACAAAAGAAAACCUUAGUCCUGAUGAUGCCGUUUUUAAGGCUAUUUCGUUGGCGUAUUCCAACGCUCAUGCCAAGAUGCAUCUUGGACUGCCGUGCCAGUCGCCACGACAAAAAGGUCUGCUAGAUGAGAGUUUUCCUAAUGGCAUUACAAAUGGUGCUAAGUGGUAUCCAGUUCCCGGUGGUAUGCAAGAUUACAAUUAUAUCCAUAGUAAUGCAUUUGAAAUUACUAUUGAACUCGGUUGUACCAAAUAUCCAAAUGCCAGUGAGAUUCACAGCUAUUGGCUGGAUAACAGAGAAGCUCUUCUAUCAUUUAUUGAAAUGGCGCGACGCGGUGUGCACGGAGUAGUGACCUCUUCUAUCGGCAAUCCAAUAUCUCGAGCUACAAUAUCCGUCGACGGUAUCCAUCACAAUAUUUACACAUCAGAAAACGGUGAUUAUUGGAGAAUGUUGGUUCCAGGCACUUACAAUAUCACAGCGAGUGCGCCAGGCUUUGAAUCAUCAACACAAAUAAUCACAAUAUCUUCGAAUCGUGAGUCUCAUCAACAAGAAUUGACGCUCGAUUUUCAACUUAUGCGUAACGAUAAGAACCACUGGUCAUCUGCAUAUGAUUUUGGAAUCGCAAAGAAUCUUGAUCCCGGUUAUCAAAAAAGUAUCAAGAUAAAUGAAAACAUGGGUCAACUCGCAAAACAGUAUAAUACUGUUGAAUUUAUUGCUGAAGGUUCGCUCAAUAGUGUAGCUAUCCAUUCAUUGAAAAUAACUCGAAACCUUGGCUCACCCGAGGAGAAUAAAAUCCGAAUUGCGCUAGUUGGUGGUGUAUUUGCCUCUCAACCAAUUGGCCGUGAAAUAUUAAUGCGCCUUGCUAAUCAUCUGGUGGUAGCUGAAAAAAUUGAUGAUCCACUGGUUAAGCGACUCUUAGAUGAUGCAGUCCUCCACAUAAUUCCAAUUUUAGAUCCUCGUUUUGAUAAUAUAACCGAAAGCUGCAAUCCUUCAGUUGACGAUGAGGUGGGAGAAAAACUGAUUACGGAAAAUGAUGAUAGCACCAACGUCCAAACUUUAGCGUUCAAAAGAAUGCUGGCUACAGAACAGUUCAACGUAGUUAUUCCAAUUUUAGAUGAAGGUUUUGGUGUAAAUUAUGCUGAUGAUAAUCUCAAUGUGUUAAAAAAACUUUCUGAAAUUUAUGAAUCAUCAAUGAACAAAGAAUCUUGUGAGGGCACGAGUAGCAAUUCAAGUGCUUUGCUCGCUAACUAUAUUAAGGAUAAAUAUAAGACUCCGGUUCUAGCCGUGUCGAUGUCAUGCUGUAAGUAUCCACCAUCUGAUAAAAUACCUAUUAUUUGGCAGCAGAAUUUACGGCCCUUCAAAGAACUACUUUUUAACCUUGCAACGGGAAUCAGAGUUGCUGUUGAAAAUAUUCAUGGUGAGCCACUACGUCAAGGACAAGUAACGAUUGCCGCUCAAGUCUAUUAUUUUUCUCAAAAUAUGGCGUAUUUUGUGAAAACACUUGUGCCGGGAAAAUAUUCAUUGAUAUUUUCAUGCCCAAGAUAUAUGACAAAAACUGUUGAAGUUGUUGUCAAAAAACACAAAAUGACUGAGAUCAAAAUUCAAUUAAUAAAGAUAAAGAGUUCUGAAUUAAUUUUACCAAUUUCAAAUUACCAGAGUAAAUGGAUGAAUGAAAACAAUGAAGUAAAUCAAUUUUUAAAUGAUUUGUAUGUUAACCAUCCAAACAUAUCCAAGUUACAAAACGUUGGAAUUACAUCUACAAAAGCUAACGUCAUGGCGUUGCAAAUAGCUAUCCAAGAUGAUAAAAAUGAAAAAAUCAAUCGGCCAAAUAUUGUUAUUAUGGCAGGUAUUGGUAAUGGCGCACCGCUAACCACAAAAGUACUUCUUAAAUUUGCGACUUAUUUGUUAAUAAAUUAUAGUCUCAUAUCAACUAUCGCUGAUAUUUUAAAACGAUUUAAUAUUUUUAUCGUACCAAAUAUACAUCCAACAGAUAACAAUUUUACGUGUUCGACAAUGUCAACGAAACUUAAAUUUCCACUUUCCGGAGAAAUGGGCUUCGACGAACAAAUGAUUAUAAAUUGGCUCAUAAAAAUAAAUGCAAACUUUGCAGUUAACUUAAACACUGGAUCCAGGCACAUUGAAAUACCUUUUUCAAGUAAAUACGGGCAGCCGAGAGACUAUCAAACCUACGAUGAAAAGAUUUUACAAAAACUGGCAUUCAGAUAUACGCAUUCGCAUCCGACAAUGUACCGAUUGUACCAGAAGUGUGUCGAUGAUUUGAGAAUUGAGAAAGAUGGUGUUGCCCACGGUGGCAAUGUAACGCCAGGUGGUCGGCCUGACUCGCUGCUUGAUUACUUGUAUUUUAACACAACGACUCUUAUGCUCGACGUUUACAUUAGUUGUUGUAAUACCGAUAAUCUUGACAUCUGGAAAAACAAUAAAAACAGCCUUUUAGCAACGAUUGACGCAAUCUCUGAAGGGGUCACUGGCUACGUGGUUUCAGAAUCUGGUGAAUUAAUUCCUGGGGCAGUUUUGUCUUAUGAUCAUUCUGUUCAUCAAGUUCACAGUGACAGAAUGGGUGUCUACUGGCUUCUUCUUCCUGCUGGUAAACAUACAAUAACUGUCAAAGCUCCCGGUUACUCAACAGCUACAAAAAUUAUAUCAACACCAGAUCUCAAAAAGUUUACACUUCUAAUAUUUACACUACAAAACAGCAACAUCAUGGGAAUGCCUAGAAUUGUCUUUAUUAUUGUGGCUAGUUUCAUUUGUCUGUUAAUUGUCAUACUUAUAGUUAUUUGUAUAAGCAAAUGUCAAGCAGAUAAAAAAACUAAGUUAAAGAAUCGCAGAACAUAUGCAUUUAGUUUACUUCGAGAUGGUACGAGUUUUUUUGAUGACGAUGAAAAAGAAAUUGAGGUUUUCAAGAGACCGAUCAAAGAUAAUGUCGAUGCAGCCGAUAAUUCUCUGCUAGAACCGACAAGGCCGUAUUUUGAUGAAGACAAUGAAUCGAGCUCGGAAAUGGAAAGUGAUCUUGAAUUCAUUAAACCUGAAGAGAAUUAGCAUGAUAUAAUUCCGAUCGCUUUACAUAAGUAAAACUCAAAUAAACUUCCGUCCUUUUAGUCCAUAAUCUAAAAUUUUCAUCGUUUUUUCUAAUAGUAUACUAACAAUAUACGUGUCCGUAGGACACUUAUGUUUUCGUUUUUCAUGUGACUUUUUGUUAUUUUACAAUAAAAAUUGAACUUCUUGAUCAAA